AUGGCCUCCUCAACCCCGAUGGAAGAUAUCAUGCGCGAGAAGAUCACCACAGCCCUCACCCCCUCAAACCUCAUCAUCCGCAAUGACUCCCACCUCCACGCGCAUCACUCUGCUAUGCGGGGUGUUACCUCUAGGGAGACGCAUUUCCAUGUAACGAUAACCUCCCCCGCUUUCCAAUCCAAAAUGCAGCCCGCGCGACACCGUCUCGUCUACGCAUUACUCAAGGAGGAGAUGGCGCAGGAGGGGGGCAUCCAUGCGCUGCAGUUGAAGACGAGGACGCCGGAGGAGGAGGAGCGGGAGAGGCAGCGUCAGAGUGAGGGUUCUUCUUCGUAG